AUGGCUCCGAAUACGAGGACGAGGAAUCUGGACGAGGAGUACACCAAGCUCAUACAAGAGGCAUCUCAGUCAGCCAAGACUAAGGCCCAGGAAUCCUCGUUCCAGCGGAAGCUCAACGAUGUCGAGGAUCGCGUGGAGGAGAAAGUACCGCUCAGUCUCGUGACGUCUGUAGAAGGAGGCGGUAGCGCUUUGAUCGAGAUGGCCUCCGGUAUGCGAGACGAGAUCGACCAUUUCGCCGGAGGGUGCACCAUGCUCAUCAACGCCCUGGACGCGAUCUCGACGACAACAGCUGCCUUGUUGGCGUUCAAGGGCGUGAUCAACCUCGAACUCAAGCGAAGGGACAACAACCAAAAAGUCCUCGCGCUCAAGGUUCAGAUGAAGAGCAUGAUGUCGACGUUGGAACCCCUGGGAAGUAUACCGGAUUCCCAUGUCGCGCCGGACGGGACGACUCUCGAGAAUCGGUUCAAACCUUUGGUGGCGCAGAUAUGCAAGGACGUCCUCGAGUGCGGAAACGCCUGCGAUACGUAUACGAAGAAGCGCUUGAUUGCGAAGGUCCUCAAGAGCUACAUCUACGAGCAGCACCUCGCCGGCUUCAGCGAGCGCUUCGCCGAGAGGCGCCGCGAGAUCAUGCUCGCGAUCAGCGCGCACACCACGGUCGUGCUCACCGAGGUCAAAGAUGUUCUCAAUGCGAACUCGCAGCUGAUGCUGCAGCUGUUCCGCCGCCUGGACACGCCGCGCGAGCGCGAUAUCCGACAGUCGGUCGACGAGCGCGGUGGCCCGGGCGCGUGCAUGGAGGACGACUACAAGCUGAAGCAGCUAAUGCGUAUGGAGGAUGGCGUCAUGAGCGCAGGCGGCGAAUCUGAGGCGAAAACCGACCUGGCGGGACUGAAGAGGGAGCUGCAGGAGAGCCUGGGUGACAGCCUCGAGAAGAACUUGACCCAGUUCCUCGGGAAGCUACGAGCGCUGCGGGACGAAGUCAUCGGUGCGAUUCAGAACGUCGAGACGUCCAUACACCGCGAGGGAGAUCGCGUCAUAGCCGACCUCACGAAAGGGCCCCAUGAGCGCAUUUUGGACCAGGACAUCCACGAGCUAUGGCGCGAAAUGCAUUGGCGCUAUAGCGUCAAGGCGCAUCACUUUACCUUCGCCCUCCGAGACCAUCUGAUCGAGAAGUAUUAUGGGAUGCACGGCAAGGAUCACGUCCAUCGUUCGAAGUCUGAUGAUGCAGCUGCUGGGCCAACUGGACAUGAAGACGCGGCGUCGCAUGUCGAAGGCCCCAAACACGAUGCGGACGGCGACAGAUGGGCAGUGGAGGCACUGACCAUGCUGACCGUCCAGCCUAUAUCAGAAGCUCUAGACGACGACGGUACUGGGUUUACCCAUCCUGACGAUGAGGUAGUCAGCGUCGCGGAAGUCAACGCCUUGCUUCACUGGCUCGUGUACUGGGGAGAAGGCUGGUAUGCUUCCCUCGUGGACUAUCGCACGAAGAUUCUACGCACGAUGCAAGACAUGCACGCGAUGCUCGACAAAGUAUGGCCCAUCAACAGGAGAACUGUCGACGAAUACCUCUCGAGCAUGGCUUUCCGGCGCAUAGAGCUCUUGAUGCGCGGCCUGGAUCUCUCCCGACCCCUUGCUAGCGCGGAAGUCCUCGCCAAAUUGCGCCCGUAUACGCAGGAUGAGGAGGCACGCAUAGAGAAAGCACUGGAGCCGCUCAACUACGAGAUCGGGGACGACGACGCACUGGACAUCGUCACUGGCCAGGGACGCAUCGAGAGAUACAUAUUCCCUAUCCUGUAUCUUGUUUUGCGCCGCCACCUGAAACUCAUCAAGAAGGGCGCAGCUUGUUUACUGGACCAGUGGCAGGUCGAUAUGGCGUGGAGCACUUUGUAUCAGCUCAUCGCGGCUGCCGAGGAUCGAGCAAUGGUUCUAAACGGCACCUAUCGUACGACACUCCAAGAGCGGCGGACAAUCAAGACUAUCGACAUAUGGGUUUGGCAUGACUUUCGUUCGUCGGGUUCGCCAAAGGAUAAUAUCCUCCGACUCUACUACCAGACCGAUGCUUCAGACGAGACCGACCAAGUCAGCGUAGGUCAGGCCACGCGCGCCGUCGAGAAAGAGGAGGAAGCCUUUGAUUGGGAAUAUGACACGUCAGGCUAUGACUUGCCUUCGGACGAAAUCGAGCCUUGCCAUAUCUCAGACGACGGCAUCGAGACCUCAACAUGGACCGCCCCCUGUUAUCUCUACGGAGAGCUCAGGCUCGAGUGGGUGUACGGACUGCUGAGCAUCAAGCUCUUGAUCGAUAAAGACGGGAUCGUUUCCGGUUCUGCACACAGCGGCCUCUCCAACUGCACUAUCGACGGGAAACGAACGACCGACGAAGACGGCGCCGUGAUGCUCAGGUUCAAGAUCGUGCAUCACCCACUCACUUGGGUGUCAUCCCUACAAACGCCUAUCACCUGGUACUACGAGGGAAAAUAUCUUCCGGAGACCAACUCGUACGCGGGCUGCUGGAGCUUUGACCUGGACAGCACAGUCAAGCACAUCUCUAUCCUGGCCAGUACGCCCGCAGACGUCUUCCGCUUCCGAUCAAUCGUAGAGGACGAUCGCACGGCUACUAACUUCUGGAAGUUCGCACGAGCAGCAGUCUUGCAUCGCGUACGCAGGAGAAUGUUCAGCAGGAGCAACGCCCUCGAACGCUGGCAGGAGAUGAAGCAAUACGUUGACCUACAUAUGCAACGGGUGUUUUCGUGGACCGUCUCGAGUGGUGACACAUCGCAACUCUCUGCUGAGAACGAGGAAGCUCUUGACCGUAGCGCUUACACCCUUCCGCCGGAAGACGAGCGCCUCUAUCUGUCCAUCGUCGCCUCUCGCCCGAUCAAAUUGACUCACCAUUGGAAGGCCAUCGUUGGAGACCGCUACGCCUGCCUGCAGUGCGUCAGCGACGGUUUGCGUAAUCAAAUCGACUUGUGCUCGGAAUGCCGCGAUCAGACGCCGAACGCAGGAACCUUCGCGCACAAAGCUUCUCACACACUUCUAAGACUGCAUUACCACUUGCACGACAAAGACAAGGAGCAGGUGUAUGAAGAUGCGGGGAAAGCAAUUGACGCUGCAAAGCGAUUGUUCUCUGCCACAAACGAGUCCACCGUCGGUCCAAAAUGUCGUCAUUUCUUGCAUUUAUCCUCCCGAUCCGCGGACGUGUUCACUUGCGAUAUCUGUCGUACCCGGAAUCACGACGCUCACCAUGUCUGGAUAUCGGUGAAGAAGGCGGCAUUCCAGGCCGAGCUCUCGUCAGCGGUGGAACGGCUGCAGGAGAACGUCGAGGCCUUGAGCACUCGCCUGACGAAACUGGAGAAUAUAGAUGAUCGCCUGGCAAAGUUGGAGAGCAUCGAGAGUCGGAUGGGGGCGCUUGAGCGCAUGUUGGGAAUGGCUCUCGCUUCACGCCAAUAA